CUAUCUCUCUCUCUCUCACCAUGUUUGUGGAAUCGCCACAAGUCUCUAAAGUCGAUAAAGAGAGUAACUAAUAAAAUGACGAUGGACGAUAAUAACUCCGUCUACGUCGGCGGCCUCCCUUACGACAUCACCGAGGAAGCUCUCCGCCGUGUUUUCUCCCCUUACGGCACCGUUCUCGACAUCAAGAUUGUGAAUGAUCAAAGCGUAAGAGGGAAAUGCUACGGCUUUGUCACAUUCUCGAAUCGAAGAUCGGCUGAUGAUGCUAUCCAAGACAUGGAUGGCAAAAGAAUCGGUGGGCGUGCGGUGCGUGUGAAUGAGGUGACGACGAGGUUUGGUGGAAGGUUGAAUCCAGGUGCUCUGGGGAGGUUUCAACCACAGAGCCCUGAUGGGAGAAGUGAUUUUAGUUGUGAAAGGGAUCGGUACUACAGGGAAAGGGAUAGGUCUCAGGGCAGGAGAAGAGAUCACUAUGAGCAUGAUAUGGUGGUGGUGGAUAGGAAUGGUUACAAGGAGAGAGUUUUCGAAGGAGGAGAGUGGCGUGGGGAUAGUGGUAGGGGAGUCAACGGGACCAGUGGUCACCAAGGAAGGAGCCAAGAGACAAAGAGAGACGAUAGUUCUAUGCUUGAUGGUGGGCGUGGCAGAGAUGGCAAAGAUCACAUCUCUAACUCAAGUGGAGAUCACAGUUUUCAGCCGAGAGAAGAAAUUGAAGCGAUGAUUAAGACGCGUGACGUGCUUCAUGAUGAGGUGCUGGUGAUGGAAGAAAGACUGAGAGCAAAAGAAGAUUCGUGCACAGACCUACAGAAGAAGUGUGAGAGAUUAGAAGAUUUAUUGAACGAUGAAAAGAAAUUGACUUCACAACGCCGAAAAGAAUUGGCAAAGCUACAUAAGUCAUUUUCAAGAGUCAGAGAGUGCACGGACAACCUGAAAGACUGUGAACAGGAACUCCAGUCGCUUGUUAAUUCAGUAGCUAGAGAAGGCGGCGUGGCUGGUGCUGAUGAAGGACUAGAAAACGGGUACGCGUAAUGCAUGUAUGAUUUGUCUCGUCCUAAGUGUAGCUUUGGUGUGUUUUGAACCCAGCUAGGUUGUGAUACUGGUUAGCUCAGAUCAACUGGUCUUGAAAAUGAUUAAAGAGAAUCCCCCUACGUCAAACUUUCACUCCCUUUGUAAAAGUCUGGACACUCACUUUUGCUCAUCAAUUAACAAUAGUGUGCAAAGCUAUUAAAUUCAAGCAAAUGAAAUGUUUAAUUAGUCUAA